GCUGGAAACUCCUCUUGUUGGUUCAAAGCGUCUCUUUGAAAAUCGAUCUAGCAUGACUUUCUGAUGUUGCACGUAAUUUUAAUUAAAUGCUAAUUCCUUGUUUGUCAUGUUUGUCCAUGUGUUACGUCCUCCAGUUCUACGAUAAAAUACUAGCAAACAUGGACUCGCAUGCGAAUUGCAAUCGCCAAGGUCAUGCUUGUCUAUAUUGAUUUCCUGAAGAUUUUUAUUUCUGCUCGAAUUUUGAUUACAGUUUCUUUGGAUUGAACGUUUGCAUGGAAUACUUCCUUGUAGAUUUUUUAUUCCACUUAGGGAAUUAACUUUAAGGGAUACAGGUCUAUAAUAAUUUUUGGUAUCUGUUCUUCCAGUGCUUAGCAGCUAAGAUCUAUUAGCGUUUGUAAUUGUCGACAACAAAAGGAAGAUCAAAAUGUCUUUAAGUGCAGAUAUAUCAACCGCUCUCCAUUUACUGGAACAUAUUCAGGAGCGCAUGGAAGAUUGCGACGACCCGAAGCUUCAGAUGCAUACGAGCCAAGAUCUGAAAGCUCUUCUUUCCUUGCUGGAGGAUCCAGUGUUUCGCAGUAUCGUUACGAUUCAGGAUUCAUUGACCGAGUUGAACACUCAACUUGGUCAGCAUCCUUCGAUUUUACCAGGAGAUUUUGAUAUUAAUCUUGGUGGGCAGUUGGAACUAUCACUGCCGACUACACCUGCUCAACCGAUGGGACCGAAUUUAUAUCAGGAUCUGUAUCAAGACAGCAGCGAACUCGAGGAUCAGAGAGUACCGGUCGCUCAGUUAGUGCACAGCAGCAGCGAGGACACCAGUGCUCAGGUUACAAGCCCGAGCUUGGUAUCGGACGAUGUCGGCAUGCCUCCCAUAACGACUCUGACAUAUGCCAAGGAAUUCCAGAAAGUCAUUAAAGCUGCUUCAAAAGGACGACAUGUCUACACCGUGCAGUUAUUUAAACCGGAGGGCACCAGUCUUGGAUUCAGCGUCGUAGGAUUGCGGAGCAAAGAUAAAGGGGAACUCGGCAUUUUCCUUCAAGAAAUACAGCCCAACGGCAUUGCAGGCUGCGAUGGCCGUCUCACGGAGGGCGACCAAAUAUUGGCGAUAGAUGGACAGCCCCUGGACUCGAACAUCUCCCACGAGCAGGCGAUAUCCAUCCUCCAGAAGGCCCGCGGCCUCGUCGAGUUAGUCGUUGCACGAAGCGCCCAAGAUAUUGGGAGCUCGUUGCCGACGGAUGAGUUAUCCGGGGCGUCGAGUUCGACAACCGCAGCAGGAGGUGCGGGAUCCGUCGCCGGCGGCGGCGUCCCGGGUAACCGGAGCACUUCCGAGAGGGAGCCGUCCCUGUAUGCCUCCUCGUCGGCCGCCACCCCCGUGCCGCCGACCAUCGCCGCAGCCCCCGCGGCCGCCGCUGCUCCCCCUGCCCCCGCGGCCCCCGCUGCCCCCGCGCUAACACCUACCCCGGCCUCCACGCCGCUACCCGGAGGCCUCGUCGUCGAGAGGAGCCCCUCUGCCGUCAGCGACACCUCCAAGACUGGCUCUGACAUGGUGUUAAACACAGAGUGGGCACAAGUGGAAGUGAUCAACCUGAUCAACGAUGGCAGCGGUCUUGGAUUCGGCAUCAUUGGAGGCCGCAGCACCGGCGUCGUCGUCAAGACCAUACUUCCCGGGGGUGUGGCCGAUCGCGACAAUCGGCUCCAGAGCGGCGACCACAUCCUGCAGAUCGGAGACGUCAACCUGCGCGGGAUGGGCAGUGAACAGGUCGCAGCUGUUUUACGUCAAUCCGGCACCCACGUGCGCCUCGUUGUCGCUAGACCCGUCGAACCCACCUCCCCUGAUUACCAGGCACUCGGAAGUCACGCCCCUAUCGUGCCCACCAAGAUAUUGGGUGACCCAGAUGAGCUGGACAGGCAUUUAGUGCAUAAUGCUCCGGAAACCUACGGACCGAGGCCCCCGCAGGACGAGUCCACCUACGACAAUGGAUACGCGUACUCUCAGGAGGCCGACAUCGAGAUGCAGACGAGGCCAAGUCUCAUCAUGGACGUCGUACGCAGCCCGGUCUCCGUUGGAACCGUGCAGAACGUCCCAGGGUCGACCCAGGUUUCCAACCUGCCUCCUCUGUCCAUGGAUCCCCUCGACGUUAAUGCCCUCCCGGAGAUGGAGAGAUUCACCGUGGAGCUGAAGAAAGAUAUUUACGGACUGGGGAUCACCAUCGCCGGAUACGUCUGCGAGAAAGAGGAAUUGUCCGGCAUCUUCGUGAAGAGCAUCAGCGAAGGCAGCGCCGCCGAUCUGAGCAAUAAGAUCCUGAUUAACGACAGGAUUGUCGAGGUGGACGGCCACUCUCUUCAGGGCUACUCCAACCACGAAGCUGUGGAAGUUUUGAGAAGCACCGGGCAGACCGUGGUGUUAUGCUUGGAGCGAUACCUCCGGGGACCGAAAUACGAACAACUGCAGCAAGCGAUCGCUGCCAGCGAGCUGAGACCUCCUCAGCCUACCUCGCCUUCCAUCACGAGUCUGCCCAGCUUCCCGAUCAGCGCGGACGGAGAGACCACCACGGAGAUCGAGCCGGAAGGAGAGUCCCACACGACGGUCGACAGCGCGGUCCUCCACGAGGCCGAAAGCAUCAACUCUUUCGGCGAGUUGGACGACGCCGCGAAUGUCGAGGCCCUUUUGAGCGACCCUUCUAGCGAGUUGACGUCAUUAAUUCGGGCGGCUAUCAAGGCGAAGUGGCAGAAAAUCGUUGGUCCGGACACCGAGAUUGUGGUGGCUCAGUUGAAGAAGUUUGCCGAGGGUAGUGGCCUGGGCAUAAGUUUGGAAGGGACGGUCGACGUGGAAAAUGGUCAGGAGGUGAGACCUCAUCAUUAUAUACGGUCCAUUCUCCCCGAGGGUCCAGUUGGUCAGAACGGGACUUUAAGAUCCGGAGAUGAGCUGUUAGAGGUGAACGGCUAUCGUUUGCUGGGCAUUAAUCACAUGGAAGUCGUGAGUGUUUUAAAGGAAUUGCCCAUUCACGUUCGGAUGGUUUGCGGAAGGAAUAUCGCUUCUCAGGAUCCACUUUGUCCAAUCGACACGGCCCAGCAUCAAGCUGCUUUCCAGACGAGGAGUAUCCUCGGCGGUUCGCUGCAAAAUCUUUUACCAGCAAUGGACCGUUUGGUGAAAGCCAAAUCUGACGGCUCGUUGGCAUCGACGACGACGACGGCGACCGUGACAGACGCCAGUCUGAAUAAAAUGAAAUCGCGUUCCUUGGAGCCUCUAACGGGACUGGCAAUGUGGAGUUCCGAGCCCCAGAUCAUCGAGUUAGUUAAAGGAGAGAGAGGACUCGGGUUCUCCAUACUGGAUUAUCAGGAUCCAAUGAACCCCAACGAGACUGUGAUAGUGAUACGAUCGCUCGUCCCAGGUGGAGUCGCCCAGGUGGACGGUCAGCUGAUCCCAGGUGACCGUUUGCUCUUCGUGAACGACAUCGCCCUGGAGAACGCGACCUUGGACCAAGCCGUGCAGGCCCUGAAGGGAGCCCCGAAGGGCACCGUUCGCAUCGGGGUGGCCAAGCCUCUGCCCAUCCCGGAUAGCAUUGCCCAGGUGAGCGAUCAAGUUGAUCAGGUCGAGGUCAGGGAGACUAAAGAUACCGAGGCGACCGUGCUCCUGGUGAUGGACAGUCGCAGGCAGAGGCGAGAGUACUUUAGAGAGAGAAAGGUUAACGUUGUCCAUCCGCCCAACCACAUGGACUUGAUCGAGGGUUUGCAACACCAGCACAACCUCGUCAAGUCGGAGAGCUUCUAAAUAUCGACUUAGUCUCGGUGAUACAUACCUAUACAUAUCCUUAAAGGGCUUGAUAACGAGUUAUCCGCUGGUCUAGGACGAAGCAUAUCGGAGACUAACGCGUCAACGAGACCGGGUAUGCACCGAAGGGCAACGUCCCCAUCUGCGGAUACCCGGUCGUAUUGAGGCAUCAGCUCCCAGAAUACACCCUGCAAAAAUAGAACUAAACUCUUAUGCCUUCCCUUAACCAGGGAACCCUUGCCGAGCGAUCAAUCUUUCGCUUAUGAUGCUUCAAAUGACGGAGUAGUAUGAGCAAGUUAAUUUUAUUUCUGUAACCGGGUCGAGGAUGUGUAGCUACGCACGUGGUCUUUACCUGUGCACAGGUGAUUCCGAGCAGUCGGGCCUUUUCAAUUUAGACAAGGUCUUACGCAUUUUGCACUGCCACCGCUGACUCUUAUCGCCGGAGACUGUUAUUGGCUGGAAAAUAUUCGCCCCCUUUAUACGAUUGAUUUCAAUUAAUUCCUGUAUUUGGGACUUGGCGCGACUUGGUAAUAGGAAAGAGAAAUAUUUUAUAUCGAAGGUACUAUAUAUAUAUAUAUAUUUUACGAAGCCUAACGUAAGGGGGGCGGCUUUUCGCCUUAUUAAUUUUAGAGAUCGAGGUGCUUUAUAUUAAUCCAGGUCUACCAGAACUGUUAGGUCCUAUGUCGGAAGAUGAUGGACAAAGUGCCUUUCGAGGUAACUCUUGAGCCACGCGAAUGCCUAAGUUCUUUGCACUUGAAGUCCGAUGUUAACGUCGUGACGUACGACUUCAAGUAGGCUCGAUUAUUAUAUCGUUAAGUUUAGAAUUAAGUAUGGGCCCGGACGGAUUGAACGAGUCUACGAUUUUUCUACCGUCGCGGUGGUAUUAAUCUUUACAUUUAGCUACCGCUGGUUGUCGAAGUACAUUUAUACCUAUAUUUUAGGGCUUCCUUUUUACAGAAAUACCGCCUAAUUUAUCGCCGCGUUCGCGAUGACACGAGUUAUUUCCACCGGGAGGUCCCUUGUCUCGCGGUAAAAACGAACCGCCAUUUGCGAGGGAGUUAAGAUAGGAAGAUAGAAAAAUUGGGCGAGAAUCAAGUAUGCAAAUAUUCGGUAAAGUUGCCCCGUCCGCAGGGUAAACUAUGCAGGGAGAAGCUUACUCCUCGGGAGGCUGUCCUUAUUAUGGAAAUGUUUAUCCUAGAUUAACGCGAAGUUCGAGCCAAGUUUAAUGCACUGCGACUAUUAAAGAGGUCGGCCGAGUCGUGUCGAAUUACAAAAGCUACCUAUCAGGGAAGUUUCCGAUUAAGCGAGGAAAGUCCAGACGCUAAAGCCAGUCGGAGGGGAUCGGAUUUAAAUUUAAGAAACGAAAGUAAGCCGUACCUUUAAGAGUUAGAAGGUGGACCGUCACAUACAGUUCUCAAGGUGGAGGGGAAUAAUCUGAAUUUAUUUCCAACCCUCCGUGCGGCAAUCAUAGAUAGUACUAUCAGUCGCCCAACGAUCCUCACACCUACGUGCCUUUGGUUGAUCAUCAUGUCCGUCCUCUUAAUUUUUUAUCUAAUUAUUUCCGUUCUCAUCCACGCACCGCCCUAGCCGAAGCUUCGGUCGUCCUCGCUUAUUCAACGAGGAGGUGCAUGCAUUUCUUUCGGGCACUUGGAAGGGGGAGAAAAAAAAAAUAAAGUGCCGUAACAUCAGGCGUCAAUCGACCCCGGGAACAUUGCGCGCGGUAAAAUUGUUAAUUAACGAUUCAUUAUGAUUAGCGGAUGGCCGUUUUACGGUUACACGGUACAUCUCGGUUAAUCAUUACGUGGACGCGCCUGCUGGAAAGGAGGGAAAGCCUCCGGUUACAUCACUAAGCCGGUGUUUGUCGAAAGCACCGACGUGGUCUUCGUUAAAGUAAUUUAACAGAAAAUGCGGGGAAACUUCGCUCUCCGUCGAGGGAAACCUCUGCCGUAUGAGAAAAGGUCCUCUAAUUCAAUUUCGCGGACGGGGUGUCACAACGAGAGGCCGCCUCCUUUCCAGCGGGUACCUCCACCUUUCGCGCGAGCUUUUCCGCGAGCUUUUCCGCUGAAAAGCCGCCGCGGAAAUGCGGAUUCACCCGAUGACGCUGUGCGGAUAAUCGAGGGAAUUAACAGCCCGAAUUCGCCGCUAAAGAGCUUAAGGUGAAGUGAAAUACCCUCAAAUCGAUCGCAACUCGAAUAAGACACUUCUUUUUUUUUUUUUUAAGGGUAUUGGACCAAACCGUCCGAAACUUUGACACGUGAUUCGCGACACCUAGGAAUUAUCCUGACACUUAGAAAAUGUGGAUUUUUGCAAAUAAGUCUUUUUUAACUUAGCCGAGAUCAAAACCAAAAUGCCGCCGAGUUCUCAUAUCUCGUUCGAUGCCCAAUUAUUGAAGGCUCUGAUAUGAGAAACGAAAGUGUCAGAAUAAUUGUACGACAAUUUAGAACACUCUGGUAAUCGCGAAACUCGCAUUUGAACGGGAUAAAGGGGAAAAAAGUGUCUUUACGCGCUUCCAUGCCAAAACGACGGUAAUACGAGCUCUCGGAGAGAAAAUUUAGUUGACGCGGAAAUCAUAGAUGGCGCAGGGGGUCCCUCUGAAGUUAAUAGGGCCUCGGAAAUCAUCUCAGGGGAUUUCUGGAGUUUUACUUGGUUUCUUUACAAUUAUUCCACGAAAACGACAGAUGGAGUAUGCCAUUUAGUACGAUACUCAAUAUACUUUGAAACAGCUGUCGAUAUAUAAGAACGAUUCACUUCACCUUAAGACUCGGUCUCGAAUCUGCGAUACGUCGUACUUUUAAGCCUUGUACUUGUCGCGUUGAAUAAACGGGAUGCUGCACGCAUUA